UUAAGAGCAUAACCCUAGAUUCUCCAAGCUUCCUGUUCGUCAUCUCCGUGAGCUCUGCUUGCGCCAAUCUCCUCGGCCGUUUGAUUCUCCAUCUCCGUCGGAGACACCAUGGCGCCAAAGAAGGACAAGGCUCCGCCACCGUCGUCGAAGCCGGCAAAGUCCGGAGGUGGCAAGCAGAAGAAGAAGAAGUGGAGCAAGGGAAAGCAAAAGGAGAAGGUGAACAACAUGGUGUUGUUUGAUCAGGCCACUUAUGACAAGCUUCUCUCCGAGGCACCCAAGUUCAAGCUCAUCACCCCAUCAAUUCUGUCUGACCGUAUGAGGAUUAGCGGGUCACUCGCAAGGAAAGCGAUUCAUGAGCUAAUGGCGAGAGGGUUGAUCCGGAUGGUUUCAGCGCAUUCCAGCCAGCAGAUUUACACACGUGCCACCAACACCUAAAUGGUUUUCAGUGUUAUGGCCAAACGACUCUUGCCAAUCAACAACAAGCUUCACUGCCUUGUUUUUUUUUUAGUUGCGUAAUGAUUCACACACAACUUGUUAGAAUUUCCUUUUGAGAUUACUGUCUAAACUCUUUUGAGUUUUGUUCUUUACAAAAAAAAAGAGAUUGUUUUCAUCCUUUUCUA